CAAACAGAGAUAACUAAGGGAAGAAGAAAAAGCUUGCUCGAAUUAUAAUGAUAUAAAUUGGGGACGAAUGUCGUCAGACUUGUUUUAAUCUUCACUAGAGUUCAUUCAUAUAUCUGAAAAUGAUCACAAGAAUUGCGAUUAUCGUAUUUCUGGGCCUUAUGACCAGAACAGCAGUGGCAAAUGUAUGUGACGAUUCAGGUUUGACAACCGUUAAUGGAUUUCUAUCACACAAAACCGAGUGCUCGAAAUAUAUCAGCUGCUACGGAGGUCAGCCGUACGAGUUAUCCUGUCCCACGGGGUUCAACUUUAAUGCGGACCUUAAAAAAUGCGACCCCAAAUACAUAUGCGUCGUGAACAAUUGUCCAUCAACUGGAAUCGUCAAGAUACCGGUAGACGGUUCCUGUACCCAAUAUGUCCUUUGCAUUGGUGGAGUACAAUAUCCCAAAGAAUGCCAAACUGAUUUGGCGUUUGAUUCGGCCACCGGAAACUGCGUUCCGGCUGCAGAGCUUCAGUGCAUGGAAAAUCAGUGCGAUUCUGCUGCUGCACCUCCGCAGUUUUACGUGAAUCAAUACGAUUGUAUGAAGUAUUAUAUCUGUGAUGAAACUUAUCAACCGAUAGAAUUCCAAUGUGCUGCGGGUACUAUUUUCGAUACAACGACUAAUAAAUGUAUUUUGGGAGCAACCUGUCCAGUUGCUUGAAUAUGUUUCUUUGAAUAUGGAAAAUGUUUUUUUUUUUCAUCGUUAACGAUAUGUAAAGAAAAAAAUACCAAUAAUUACUUAAAAAUUUACUGCUCAUAUUUUUUGUAUAAUAUAAAUAAUAGAUUACAAUUCACAGAUUGGUUUGAUCCACACGGUUCGAAAACUCUAUAAUGAACACAAAAAAAAAAGAAAUAAAUUUUUAAUAAUUAUUGUAAUCGAGGAGCGUCAUUGAUUAUUUCAAAUAAAAAUGCAAUCAAGGUUCUUUUCAACCA